AUGGAGUCUGUGAUUGAAGAGACAGCCCCGACACCGGCAGCAGCUGUUCUGCCCCAGCCAGUGUCGAAGCUCUCCCUCGCGACUACUCCCAACACGAUUGAUAAUGGACAUGCCGAGGAUAUCUCUUCCGCUAAAGCUGGCCUCGCCGGUGACAACCAGUUGCAUGAAGAUCACAAAGUGAAUGAAAUCCAAAGCAGCCAAGACGGUGGCGAUAAAGGCACCCUUACCUUGCAAAACGGCCAUCUCGAACAUACAGCCCCUUCGCCGAUCAAUAGUCCUGCACCUAGCUCCAAAUCUUCCCGGCCUGUCUCCGGAAUUAUUCCGCCCUUCUGGCAGCGCCAUGAGCGGACGGUCUCCCGCGCAUCGUUGAGCUCAAUUGCCCAGAGCAGGAUCAUUCGGUUAGAAGAUCACACUGCAGACCCAAAUUCAGAGACAAGUCGGGGAUUAUGGGCCAAGAGUGUCGCCAUUGAUGAUCAUGUCGUAGUACAAGGCAAGAGCGGAAUAGGAUCAUAUGUGGUUUGGAACUGCACAGUUCAGACUCUCGAUGGCGGUCCGAUUGUUGUUCGCUUGAGGAUCAGCACUGACUUACAACUAGAUACUCUGAAUUUGAUGACCUUCGGCAAAGACUUGCAUCAGCCUUUCCUCAUGCCAGAAAUGCACUACCGUCGCUUCCUCCCAAGAGUGUACUAUAAGAUUAAUAUUUCAUCUGACACGACAGUCAAAUUUCGCCCGAAGUUCCUUGAAACCAGACGUGUUGGACUAGAGUACUUUCUCAAUUGUGUCCUCCUCAAUCCCGAAUUCUCCAGCUCACCCAUCGUCAAAGACUUUCUCUUUGGUCGUUCGUCGUGA